UAGUAGUCAACACUAGCCCAAACAACUAGUCCCAAAACCAAGCAACUCCCCAACUCCACAUAGAUAAUCACAAAAAUAACCUUCUCCGCAUUUCGGCCCUCGGCAACGUUGCCCCAACAUACUAAACCAACAACACCCAAGACGAAAUAAAAGCCACGACAACCCAGAACCCCUGUAAACCAAUACCUCCCCUACCCCAAAACAAUACCAAAUACCAAAAAGGGGAAGGAAGAAAGGGACAAACAAAAUGACGUUCAAAACCCCACCCCCGACCCCACAGCACGCCAAAGUGACGUUCCCGACCCCAAAUGUCCUGCAAGUGACGCUCUCGCGACCCAAGGACCUCAACUGCAUAAACGCAGCGGGCCACCAUGAGCUGCACGAGCUCUGGGAAUGGAUGGACGAGGAGCCGAGUAUCCGGGUUGGGGUGUUGACGGGGGAAGGGAGGGCGUUUUGCGCGGGGGCGGAUUUAAAGGAAUGGAACAACCAAGUGAAUAGCGCAGGUGCGAAACGACAACAGCCAUCGUCGGGAUUCGGGGGUCUUUCCCGCCGGAGUGGGAAGAAGCCUAUUAUUUGCGCGGUGAAUGGGCUCUGUCUGGGGGGUGGGUGUGAGAUGAUUGUCAAUGCGGAUCUAGUGAUUGCGUGUGAGAAGGCCUUUUUCGGGUUUCCCGAAGUUCAGCGCGGAGUUGUUGCGAUUGCGGGGGCGUUGCCGCGAGUGGUGCGGACCAUCGGGCGACAGCGGGCGAUGGAGAUGGUCUUGACGGGGCGCCGGGUGACGGCGACCGAGGCGGAGAAGUGGGGAUUUGUCAACGAGGUGCUGGCCACGCCGGAAGACGUGGUGACGCGGGCAUUAGAAAUCGCGGGUCAGAUCGCGGCGAAUAGUCCCGAUGCGGUGAUCGUCAGUCGGGAGGGAGUCAAGUUGGGUUGGGAGGGUGUGGGAGCCGAGGAGGGCAGUCGCUGGUUGAUCGACGGCUGGCAGAAGCGGUUAAAUGAGGGCGAGAAUAUCAAAGAGGGAUUGAGGGCGUUUGUGGAGAAGAGGAAACCAAAGUGGGCGGAUAGCAAGUUAUAGUUGAACUAUAGGGGCACAUUUAUGAAGAAUACCUAUACUACAGAUGCCAACUACAAAGACCAAAGGAUAAAUAAAUAAUCUCAUAAUCAUUAAUCUCAUUAGACUCUAAUGCGCUGCACCAAGUCAAUACAAAUCAUCCUAUGUAUGCUAACCCGAGAUCCCAUUGAAUGCUUCCAUUCGCGCCGUCCAUAUGUUCGCCGUAUCCCAUGCAGUUCAUGCCCGGCCAGCGGACAGAUCAAUUUGAUAUCAUAUCAAAUAUCCCUCGGGCGAUCCAUAUGGUGAUGGACUCGGAACCCUUCGUUUUCUGGUAAUA